AUGUCUUCUUCUUUGCUUCUUAUAGGAGUUCUCUGCAUUUUAGGAGCAAAUGGUUUUGCCUCUGCAGGGAAAGCAAGGUUGAAACGGGAACCUAAUGCUCCAGAGCCCAUUGACUGCUUGCUGACUACCUGGGACGAUUGGGGGCCAUGCAGUCCGUGCUCAAGUCACAGAUACCGCUCAAGGAGUAUUCUGAAGUUUGGACAGUUUGGAGGGAAGCCAUGCAUUGAGGCCCUGAGCGAUAGAGAGUCCUGUGAGACAAGAACUCCGUGCCCAGAUGGGAGAGGUCAUUGUGGGAAGCAAGAGUUUGAAUGUGAAAAUGGAUAUUGUCUAAAGGGUAGGUUGGUGUGUAACACAGAAGAUGACUGUGGUGACUUCUCUGACGAAGAUAAUUGUGAUGAAACCAAACGCCCACCCUGUGGGGAUCGUGUCAUAGACGUAUCAGAGCUUGGAAGAACAGCUGGACAAGGUAUUAAUGUGCUGGGAAUGAAACCAGCUCAAAAACCAUUUUACAAUGAGUUCUACAAUGGCAUCUGUGACAGAGUCCGGGAUGGGAACACGGCGACUUAUUACCGCAAGCCAUGGAAUACGGCUUUCCUCAGUUAUGAAACAAGAGGUGACAAAAAAAUUACAAGUGAAUUCUACAGCGACCAAGCAUCAACAAUGAAACAAAUAUUCAAAACAAAAUCACACUCUCUAGAUGCGAGCUUCUCUCUUCAACUGCAAUCAACUUCGUUCCCUCUAUCAGGUGGCUUUGAGACAAGCGUAAAUUUUUCCAAAUCAUCCAACCUGAGUGACUUCUUAGAGAAAACCAAAGGAAAGAAUUAUGAGUAUUUACAUGUCAAAUCUAAUAUACAACUGGGAACUUUCCAAUUGCGAAAACGCAAUUUGCGCUUGAGUGAGACAUUCCUGGAAGAUCUAAAGAUGUUGCCCAGUACCUAUGAGAAGGGAGAGUAUUUUAUAUUUCUGGAAACAUAUGGAACUCAUUAUUCACAGAGAGGAACCAUUGGAGGAAAAUAUGAGCUAAUAUAUGUGUUGGAUAACCGAACUAUGACAUCACAACGGAUCACCAGAAAAGAUGUAAACGAAUGCCUAGGCUUUAAUUUAGAUCUUGGGGCCAAUAUAUUUUCCGCAGAAGUCAAAGCAAAGAUUAAAAAUGAAAAAUGUAAAGACGAAAAGUUGGAAAAAAAUUCUACGAAUGAAAAAAGCCGGAUUAUCCAAGAUGUAGUCUCUCUGAUUCAAGGUGGGACAACAGCUACUUUAACAAAGUUGAAUGAAAUGCUUUCUUCAAAUGUCAAUUCAGUCGAUGUCGAACAGUACGUUGAAUGGGCUGCUACAUUACCUCAAGCUCCUGCAGUGAUCAAACAACAGAUGGCCCCAAUUUCUGAACUUAUCCCACUGAAUAUCCCAGACUCCCGAAUGAAGAAAGUAAAUCUGGACAGAGCUGUAGAGGAUUAUGUGGCUGAAUACAACGUAUGUAAAUGCAAACCUUGUCUACAUGGUGGGACGGUGAUGCUGCUAGACGGAAAGUGUGAAUGCGCCUGCACUCCAUUUUACAAGGGAGACGGCUGUGAAAUACCUGCUUCAGAUUUGAUACCAGCUGAUCCAGCCGUUCAUGGGAGCUGGAGCUGCUGGUCUAACUGGUCCACCUGUCAGCAAGGACAACGCCGGCGAACAAGAAAAUGUGAUAAUCCUGCCCCUGGAUAUAGGGGCAAGUCAUGCCCUGGAGCAAACUCGGAACCAGGCUAUUGUUAAUUGCAGAAGACUACUAACAGACAUAACCAAUAUUGAUGACUGAUAUUCCAUUUAAACAAUGGCAAACAGAUUUUUCUAAGUUUAUAUAGCAAUGAGAAUAAAAAAAACCCCAAAAUUAAAAACAAAUUGUUGCAAGUUGCUAAAAAAAAAAGGUUUGGGUUUACCAGAUUUAGAAUUAUAUUCUGAGGCUUCUUGUUUGGUCUGGCUGAAAGAUUGGAUGACCAUUAAAAAUAAAAGGUUAGUAGAACUGGAGGAAACGCCUACUAUGGCAUGACAAGAUUAAAAUAAAUGCUGAUUUUUGGAAUUGUUUUGCUAGGUGUGCCAUCCUAAGAGUUUGGAAUAAAUAUAAAAUAAGGCUUUCUUCUAAGAUACCGUAUCUCUUUGAUUGUCAUAUCAGGAAGACUUUUUCAGAAAGCAAAUGAUGGUGAGACUAAAACAGUGGACUGAUGGUGAAAUAAUAUCUUUUACCCAAUGGGAACCUAAUCUCAAGUCAAAAGAAGAAUUGAAGUCAGGAGGAUGUUUGCCAUUGGUUCACUUAUUUACAACUUUAAAAAAAAAGAUUUAAUUUAAACAAGAAGUUAUGGGUUUGAAUCGGUAAAAUUGAAAUUUUACUGUGUGCUAAUGAUUAACAUGUUAUUGCCAAGGGUUAGGAUUAGGGAGGGCUCUGUUCUUGUUUGGAAUGAGACUCACCUCUGAUCUUUUAGCUGCCUAUUAUGGGGAGGGACAAAAAGUAAAUGGGAUCAAUGCAAAGAGGGACACAAAAAGUAAAGUUGAAUUUCAUACAUCAUUUAAUUUCAGUUGAAAUUUAUUCUAUAUGCUUAACACAUUUACUCCUUUCUGUCACACAGCUGUGAUUGUUUAGAAGCAACUUUUGGACAAUUUCUGUAGGACAUAGUAAAAGUUUUAGUUUUACAGAACUACAUUGGGUAUUCUGGGCACAAUUUAGCAAACAUUUGGGCAAAGAAAGCCAACUUUUAUAUUACAUGCACACCAGAGGUGGGUUUCAGCAGGUUCUGACCAGUUCUGGAGAACCGGUAGUGGAAAUUUUGAAUAGUUCGGAGAACCAAUAGUAAAAAUUCUGACUGGCCCCGCCCCCUCUAUUCUCUGCCUACCAAGUCCCAGCUGAUUGGGAGGAAAUGGGGAUUUUGCAGCAACCUUCCCCUGGAUUGGGGAGGGAAUGGAGAUUUUACAGUAUCCUUCCCCUGCCAUGCCCACCAAGCCACGUCCACCAAGCCAUGCCAUGUCCACCAAGCCACACCCACAGAACCGGUAGUAAAAAAUUUGAAACCCACCACUGAUGCACACCUAUGAAUUAAACAAUGAGUACAGUUUCUGUGAAAAAUAAUUUCAGGCAACAUUAGAUAGUAGGCGUAGUUAAUAUUUUGAAGUACAGCUGACCAUGAACUCACAGAAAUUUGCAACCAAUGUCCAUGCAUACAAGGCUCUUCAUGAUAGAAAACCUGAAAGUGAGAUUCAGAACCCUGUCACAACAUACAUACAUACAUACACACACACAGGUUCUCUGUAUAACAGUCUUUGCACAGAUGUGUUGAAAGCCUACUCCACCAGUCAGUCCUUGAAAGGAAAAGUAAAACUCCAUUGAUUAUAAAGGGACUUAACUUCAAUCAUUUCUGUAGAUUUUUGAUUAAUGAAUAUCUACCCUGGUUUUAUCCUUUUUUUAAGUACAGAAAACUUCUGCAUUUCUAAUGAUAUACAUCAAGAGAUUAGACAUAGUCCAAGGAUGAGUCAGUUCCAAACAGUAGAAGCCAGAUAGGAAAAAGUUGUAGUUGUAGGUUGGAAGACAUCCAUUUUGUCCCACACCUUUUUCUCUUGUGUCUUUUCAUGUAGAUAAUCUCUCUGUGUGAUAUGUAACAAGUGUGGUUAUAAUAGUUAUCAAAGUUGUUAUAAAGGAUAGAAAAAUAAAGUAGAAGAGUUAAAUAUAAAAGCAGAAUAUACAUGUCGAUGCAGAAGUCGGUAAAAAUAGUACACAUUGUUAUGUUUGUCUUGUUUUUUACUGUGUUUUUUGUCUUAAUAAAAACAUUUUUUAAAAAAAA